GCAUCCAUUGUCGGUCGCCCUCGUCACCAUGGGUAGGUUUUAUUCAAACCAUUUGUGACACCGCCUGUAGAGUGGGGGAGACCAGCAGCUAAUCAAGUUGAACAGCAUCAUGAUUGGUAUGGGCCAGAAGGACUCCUAUGUUGGUGAUGAGGCACAGUCAAAACGUGGUAUCCUAACCCUGCGAUACCCCAUCGAGCACGGUGUCGUCACAAACUGGGAUGACAUGGAGAAGAUAUGGCAUCACACCUUCUAUAACGAACUCCGUGUCGCCCCAGAGGAGCACCCAGUUCUGUUGACUGAGGCCCCCAUCAACCCCAAAUCCAACCGUGAGAAGAUGACCCAGAUCAUCUUCGAGACCUUCAACGCCCCAGCCUUCUACGUCUCCAUCCAGGCUGUGCUCUCCCUCUAUGCCUCUGGUCGUACCACUGGUAUCGUCCUCGACUCCGGUGACGGUGUCACCCACGUUGUCCCCAUCUACGAAGGUUUCGCCCUGCCACACGCCAUCUCCCGAAUUGACAUGGCUGGCCGUGACUUGACCGACUACCUGAUGAAGAUUUUGGCCGAGCGUGGCUACAGCUUCUCUACCACCGCCGAACGUGAAAUCGUCCGUGACAUCAAGGAGAAGCUCUGCUACGUCGCCCUCGACUUCCAGGAGGAGAUCCAGACUGCCGCCCAGAGCUCCAGCCUCGAGAAGUCCUACGAGCUUCCCGACGGUCAGGUCAUCACCAUUGGAAACGAGCGAUUCCGUGCUCCUGAGGCUCUCUUCCAGCCCAGCGUCCUCGGUCUCGAGCCAUGCGGUAUCCACGUCACCACCUACAACGCCAUCAUGAAGUGUGACGUCGACGUCCGAAAGGAUCUCUACGGAAACAUUGUCAUGUCUGGUGGUACCACCAUGUACCCAGGUAUCUCUGACCGUAUGCAGAAGGAGAUCACUGCUCUUGCCCCAUCGUCGAUGAAGGUCAAGAUCAUCGCUCCCCCAGAGCGCAAAUACUCCGUCUGGAUCGGUGGUUCUAUUCUCGCUUCCCUUUCCACCUUCCAGCAGAUGUGGAUCUCCAAGCAGGAAUACGACGAGUCCGGCCCAUCCAUUGUCCACCGAAAGUGCUUCUAAAGAGGUGGGUUACCUGCCUUUUUACUACUCUUUCAUUAUUAUUCUCGCAUCGCUUGUUAUUUCAACUCCUACCUUUGUCUUGCCGGUGAGAUAGCAACGAUAGCUGCUUGGAAUCGAGCUCUGUUAUGUUAAUACGGACUACGUUGAAUAUUUUAGCUUGACGUCGGAAUAAUUGAUAGAUAGAGAAAAAGAGAAAGCGAACAACACCAACAAAAAACAAACCACUCCCCCUUUUCCCCCGCAAAAAUACAAAGGUCACAACUCGGUGAUGCACGUUCCAUGACCAUUAACUCCGUACUGUACUUGCAGUCAACUAAAAAAAAAAAACCUCUUUCUUUAUCUAUCCAUUCUCUCCUUUCUCCUCUCCUUUAUCAAAACCCUUUUCGACGUCCAUAGUAUUUGAAUUCAAGUUAAAUAUUUACUUCCUUU